CAGGCAGACUAUUGGGUACUCCAAGGCUUUACAGUCGCCAACAGCAAAAAGGGUAUUGUCUUAGACGGCGCCAGCAAUAACAUAUUGGAGGACCUGGAGGUUCACGAUAUCCAACAGGAGGGCAUUCAUUUCCGAAAGAAUAGCGCCGAUAAUAUUCUGCGAAAGUCAUACAUACAUACCACAGGUCUCGGUGAUCCCGGAUUUGGUGAAGGAGUGUAUAUUGGAUCAGCGGUGAGCAACUGGGAGGACGAUAAGCCAGACAAAAGUGACAGAAACCAAAUACUCAACAACAGAAUCGGUCCAAAUGUGGCCGCAGAGGAGAUUGACAUCAAAGAGGGCUCGUGUUGCGGUAUAAUCAAGAAUAACGUGUUCGACGGCACCGGUAUGUCCGGCGAGAAUUACGCCGAUUCCUGGAUUGAUGUUAAGGGAGAGGGCUAUACCAUCGAAGACAAUGAGGGCAACCAUUCAUUGCUCGACGGCAUACAAAUUCACUUUGUAAAAAAGGCCGAAGUAGGUGGGUGUGAAAACAAGAUUAUUCAUGAUAAAUGUGCUGGAUUGGGAAAAGGGGGAAAGUGUGUCAACGAUGGCAGUAAUGUUUGUGAAGGGUCUAAGAAAAAUGUAAUUGAGGAAUAGAUACAGAAUAUUCUGUAUUUUAUAACUUUAUUAUUAAAUUUAUAAAACAAUUUAAUUGUGUAAUUAACUGC